UUCUCUCUCUCAGAAGGCGAUGAAACAGCAUGGCGCGGCUGAGCGCACACAGAUGAAACACACACACACCUGGAAGUUUUGCGUCCUCUCCAGUUUGGACCUUUUUCUAAACCUGUACUUCUGCACCUGGACGGAAAGCUAAUUCUGCCUUAGCUUUCCCUUCACACUUCUUUAUCUUGUCUUCCUUUUGAAACUCUUUGUAGCAACUGGUUGGCCAAUUCAGAGCAUACAGUGCUGCUUGUGUUUGGAGUGAACGUUUUCCUUUCUGGAUACAGCUUAUUCCUAUUGGGAGCGAGUUAGUGUGAGCGCGAGCGUGAAGGAGAAAAAGACGAGGUAGAGAUGGAGUUAGAGCGGAGGAAUAGCGAGUCAUGCCUCUCUCCUGCCGCCUUCGUGAACCAGGUGCAAUAUUCCAACAUUCUGGAGGGCAGAUUCAAACAGCUGCAAGAUGAGAGAGAGGCGGUGCAGAAGAAGACCUUCACUAAAUGGGUGAACUCUCACCUUGGCCGCGUCACCUGCAGGAUCGGAGAUCUGUACACUGACCUGCGCGAUGGACGCAUGCUCAUCAGACUGCUGGAGGUGCUCUCCGGAGAACAACUGCCGAAGCCCACAAAGGGCCGUAUGCGAAUCCACUGUCUGGAGAAUGUGGACAAGGCUCUGCAGUUCCUCAAGGAGCAGAAAGUCCACCUGGAGAACAUGGGCUCUCAUGACAUCGUCGACGGCAACCACCGUCUCACACUCGGACUCAUCUGGACCAUCAUCCUGCGCUUCCAGAUCCAGGACAUCAGUGUGGAGACAGAGGACAACAAGGAGAAGAAGUCAGCCAAAGAUGCUCUACUGCUGUGGUGCCAGAUGAAGACUGCUGGGUACCCGAACGUCAACGUACAUAAUUUCACCACCAGCUGGAGAGACGGCCUGGCGUUCAACGCCAUUGUUCACAAACACAGGCCAGAUCUGAUUGAGUUUGAUACUCUAAAGCGCUCCAACGCUCACUAUAACCUGCAGAAUGCAUUCAAUGUGGCCGAGAAGGAGCUGGGGCUGACCAAACUGCUGGACCCAGAGGAUGUCAAUGUGGAUCAGCCAGAUGAGAAAUCCAUCAUUACGUAUGUUGCCACAUACUACCACUACUUCAGCAAGAUGAAGGCUCUCGCAGUGGAGGGCAAGAGAAUUGGCAAGGUGCUGGACUAUGCAAUCGAGGCCGAUCAGCUGAUUGAGAAGUACGAGACUUUGGCGUCGGAGCUGCUUCAGUGGAUCGAACAAACAAUUGUUACACUGAAUGACCGUCAGCUCGCCAACUCCCUCAGCGCCGUCCAGAACCAACUUCAGGCCUUCAACACCUACCGCACCGUGGAGAAACCACCCAAGUUUACAGAGAAAGGUAAUUUGGAAGUUCUCCUCUUCACCAUCCAGAGCAAAAUGAGAGCAAACAACCAGAAAGUCUACAUGCCUCGAGAGGGCAAACUCAUUUCUGACAUCAACAAGGCAUGGGAGCGGCUGGAGAAGGCGGAGCAUGAACGAGAACUGGCUCUGAGAAACGAGCUGAUUCGUCAGGAGAAGCUGGAGAUGCUGGCCGCUCGCUUUGAUCGCAAAGCCGCUAUGAGAGAGACCUGGCUGAGUGAGAAUCAGCGACUAGUGUCUCAGGACAAUUUUGGCUUUGAUCUGGGGGCGGUGGAGGCUGCCACACGGAAGCAUGAGGCCAUAGAAACAGACAUCGGAGCUUAUGGAGAGCGCGUGGCUGCUGUGGAGGCGGUGGCCCGCGAGCUGGAGGCGGAAGGAUAUCACGAGGUGAGACGCAUCCUUGCACGGAGGGAUAACGUCCUGCGCCUGUGGGAGUACCUGAAGGAGCUGCUUGCUGCCCGCAGAGAAAGACUGACCGCACACAGGGACCUGCAGAGGCUUCUACAGGAGAUGAGAUACAUCAUGGACUGGAUGGGGGACAUGAAGGGUCGUCUACAGUCUCAGGACAGCGGGAAACACCUUCAUGACGUGGAGGAUUUGCUGCAGAAACACACUCUGGUGGAGGCAGACAUAUCCGCCCAGGCAGAGAGAGUGCGAGCAGUGCAGGCAGCAGCCAAACGCUUCACUUCAGAUGAAAUGACCUAUAAACCGUGUGAGCCGGCUCUGGUGGAGGAGAAGGUGUCGUUGCUGGGCCAGGCAUAUGAUGAGCUUGGGCAGUUGGCGGGUGAGCGGCGGGUGAAGCUCGAGGACUCUCGCCGCCUGUGGCAGUUCCUGUGGGAGCUGGGCGAAGAAGCAGCGUGGAUUCGGGAGCAGGAGCAGAUCCUGGCCGGCGGAGACUGUGGCCGAGACCUUACCUCUGCCUUGCACCUGCUCUCCAAACACGAGGCUUUCAGAGACGAGAUGGCCGCCCGCUAUGGCCCCCUCAGCAACAGCAUCGCCUCCGGAGAGCAGCUGGUGCAGGAGGGACACUUCGGAGCUCCCGAGGUGACAGAGAGAAUUAAAGACAUCAGAGCGCAGUGGAGCCAUCUGGAGGAGGCGUCUCAGUUGCGUGAGCAGCGUCUAAAGGAGUCUGUAGCUCUGCACCAGUUCCAGACAGAUGCUAAUGACAUGGAGGCCUGGUUGCUGGAGACACUCAGACAGGUGUCGAGUCAGGAGGUCGGCCAUGAUGAAUUCUCCACUCAGACGCUGGCACGGAAACAAAGGGAGGUGGAGGAGGAGAUCCAGAGCCAUCGUUCUCUCAUAGACUCACUGCACGAGCAGGCUGAAACACUGCCCCCUGCUUACGCCCAGUCUCCACAGGUGGAGGGGCGUCUACCUGCGAUUGAGCAGCGCUAUGAAGAACUGGAGGCUUUGUCGUCAGCACGGCGACAAGCUCUGGAGGGGGCGCUAGCGCUCUACCGCAUGUUCAGCGAGGCUGGAGCCUGCCAGCUAUGGAUCGGGGAGAAGGAGCAGUGGCUGCACAACAUGGAGAUCCCCUCCAAACUGGAGGACCUGGAGGUGGUCCAGCAAAGGUUUGAAACUCUGGAGCCGGAGAUGAAUAACCUGGGUUCUCGCAUCACAGAUGUUAAUCAGGUCGCUGAACAGCUGCUGAAAUCAGACAACCGCAACAAAGAGCAAAUCAACCAGACACAGGACCAACUCAACAACAGGUGGAGUGAGUUCCAGAGAGUGGCAGACCAGAGGAAGCAGGCUUUGGAAUCUGCUCUGAACAUCCAAAACUAUCAUCUGGAGUGUAAUGAGAUCCAGAGUUGGAUGAAGGAGAAAACUAAAGUCAUCGAGUCCACUCAGAGCUUGGGCAACGACCUGGCUGGUGUCAUGGCCCUGCAGCGCAAACUCACUGGCAUGGAAAGGGACCUGGAGGCUAUACAGGGCAAGCUGGGAGGUCUGCGCUCUGAGGCAGAGAAGCUGGCGUCGGAGCACCCGGAGCAGGCCGGAGAGAUCCGUGCGAGGCUAGAGGAGAUCCAGGAGGUGUGGGAGGAACUUCGAUCCACCAUGAAGCGCCGCGAGGAGUCCCUGGGCGAAGCGUCCAAACUACAGGGCUUCCUGAGGGAUCUGGACGAUUUUCAGGCCUGGCUGUCCCGCACACAGACGGCCGUGGCCUCUGAGGACACACCCACCUCAUUGGCCGAGGCUGAGCGGCUGCUGGCCCAGCACGAGGCCAUCAAGAACGAGGUGGACAACUAUCGCGAGGACUACGAGAAGAUGAGGGCCACCGGAGCCGAGGUGACCCAGGGUCAGACGGACGCUCAGUACAUGUUCUUGGCUCAGCGGCUGCAGGCUCUGGACACAGGCUGGCAUGAGCUGCGCAGGAUGUGGGAGAGCAGACACUGCGUGCUGGCUCAGGCCUUUGACUUCCAGACCUUUCUCCGGGAUGCCAAGCAGGCCGAAGGCUUUCUUAAUAGCCAGGAGUACGUGCUGUCCCACACUGAGAUGCCCAAUAGCCUGCAAGGGGCACUGGAGGCCAUAAAGAAGCAUGAGGACUUCCUCACCACCAUGGAGGCCAGUGAAGAAAAGAUCAAUGGUGUGGUGGAGUCCGGGCGACGCCUUGUAUCUGACGGAAACGCCAACGGAGACAAGAUUCAGGAAAAAGCUGACUCCAUUCAAGAGAGACACCAGAAGAAUAAGCAGGCAGCUAAUGAUCUUCUGGCCAAACUGAAGGACAAUAGGGAGCUCCAGCACUUCCUUCAGGACGGACAGGAGCUGACUCUCUGGAUUAAUGAGAAGAUGUUGACAGCUCAAGACAUGUCAUAUGAUGAGGCCAGGAACCUGCAUAGCAAGUGGCAGAAACACCAGGCCUUCAUGGCUGAGCUGGCCUCCAACAAAGACUGGCUGGACAAAAUCGACAAGGAGGGUCAAGCACUGGUGGCUGAGAAGCCUGAGCUGGAGGAGACUGUGUCGGAGACUCUUCGUGCACUACAGAAGCAGUGGGAGGAGCUAGAGAACACCACACAGACCAAAGCGCAGUGUCUGUUUGAUGCUAACCGGGCCGAGCUGUUCACUCAGAGCUGUUCGGCGCUGGACUCCUGGCUCCAAAACAUCUCCUCUCAGCUUCAGAGCGACGACUUCGGCAAGGACUUGACCAGCGUCAACAUACUGCUGAAGAAACACCAGAUGCUGGAGCACCAGAUGGAUGUUCGUGAGAAGGAGGUGCAAGCUCUGCAGUCUCAGGCACUGGCCUUGGCCCAGGAGGAGGCUGGGAUUGUGGAGGUGGACAGUCAGCAGCGCAGAGUGGAGGACAGAUUCUCUCAGCUGCAGGAGCCGCUCAAAACCAGACGCCUGCAGCUGCUCGCCUCCAAAGAAGCCCACCAGUUCAACAGAGACCUGGAGGAUGAAAUACUGUGGGUGAAAGAGAGAAUGCCUAUGGCUACAUCCACAGAUCACGGCAAAGACCUGCCCAGCGUACAGCUCCUCAUCAAAAAGAACCAGACUCUACAAAAGGAGAUCCAGGGCCAUCAGCCCCGCAUCAAUGACAUCCAGGCACAUGGGCGCAGCAUGGAUGACGAGCAGCGUGCAGCUCUGGACGAGCGCCUGACCGAGCUCGGGGAGCUGUGGGCCCAUCUCAUCUCAGAGACUGACCAGAGACGUGCACGCUUAGUCGAGGCUAACAGAGCGCAGCAGUUCUACGCAGACGCAGCUGAGGCUGAGGCCUGGAUGGGCGAACAAGAGCUGCAUAUGAUGUCCGAGGAGAAGGCCAAGGAUGAACAGAGUGCUAUGGUGAUGGUGAAGAAGCACCAGAUCCUGGAGCAGGCACUGGAGGACUACGCUCAGACCAUCCAUCAGCUGGCCAAUAGCAGCAGACUCAUGGUGAACAGCGAACAUCCUGAGAGUGAGCGGAUCACGCUGCGUCAGGCUCAGGUGGAUAAGCUGUACGCUGGGCUGAAGGAUCUGGCGGAGGAGCGGCGGGUCAGGCUGCAGGAGAGGUUGAGGCUGACCCAGCUCAAGAGAGAAGUGGAUGACCUGGAGCAGUGGAUCGCAGAGAGGGAAGUCGUUGCCGGCUCUCAUGAACUCGGACAGGACUACGAGCAUGUCACUAUGCUGAGAGACAAGUUCCGGGAGUUUGCUCGGGACACCAGUGCGAUCGGUCAGGAGCGAGUAGACGCCGUGAACGCUCAGGCAGAUGAGCUGAUUGAAUCAGGUCACCCGGAGAACGCCAGCGUGGCCGAGUGGAAGGACGGUCUGAAUGAGGCGUGGGCAGACCUGCUGGAGCUGAUGGACACGCGCACGCAGAUGCUGGCCGCUUCAUACGAGCUGCACCGCUUCCACCAGGACGCCCGUGAGGCACUGGGGCGAGUAAAGGAGAAGAGAGAGGCUCUGGCCGGAGCUGAACUGGGCAGAGACCUCAACACUGUCCAGCACCUCCACCGCCAACACACUGCCUACGAACAUGAUGUACAGGCACUGAGUGGACAGGUGACACAGGUGCAGGACGAUGCGGCUCGUCUGCAGAAAGCAUACGCUGGAGAGAAAGCCGAGGACAUCCACCGGCACGAGCGCUCUGUGACCGAGGCCUGGGAGGGGCUUCUGGCCGCUACUCAAUCCAGACGACUGCUCCUAUUAGAUACAGUGGAGAAGUUCCGCUUCUUCAACAUGGUCCGAGAUCUGAUGUUGUGGAUGGAUGGAAUCAACCUGCAGAUACAGUCUCACGACAGCCCCAGAGACGUGUCAUCGGCUGGGCUGGUGAUAGCAAAUCAUCAGGACAUUAAAGCAGAGAUUGAGGCCAGAGCCGGCAGCUUCACCGCAUGCACUGACAUGGGAAACACACUUCUCAACAACAAGCACUAUGCUUCAGAUGAGAUUCGAGAGAAACUGGAGCAGCUUCAGGCGAAGAGAGACGAAAUCAACCAAAAAUGGCAGGACAAAAUGGACCACCUACAGAUCGUUCUGGAGGUGCUGCAGUUCGGCAGGGACGCGUCAGUAGCCGAGUCAUGGUUGGCAGGUCAGGAGCCGCUGGUGCGGGCAGCUGAACUGGGCUCCAACGUGGACGAAGUAGAAAGCCUCAUCAAACGUCAUGAAGCCUUUGAGAAACUCGCCGCAGGCUGGGAGGAGCGCUUUGUACUACUGGAGAAACUCACCACGCUGGAGGAGCAGGAGAUUCAGAGAAGGAAAGAAGAAGAGGAGAGAGCGAGAAGACCACCCACACCUCCUCCCGUAGAGGAGGUGGUACAGUCUGAAGCAGAACAUGAGUCAGCAGCCAGGACAAGUUUAGACCAGACCACGCUGAACCAGUCAGUGUCUGUCAACGGAGUACACAGUGACCAGGACACAUCACAGGGGUCAGAGUCUGAGUCUGUGAACGGUCCGGGCCGGGACAGCGGACUGGACACAGCCUCUCGGCACGACCCCUCAGCCACAUUGCCUGGCAGAGUGGACCCCACCACAGAGGCCAUGGAGGGCAUGCUGUGCAGAAAACACGAGAUGGAGAGCCACACAAAGAAAGCAGCCAACAGAUCAUGGCAGAAUGUGUACUGUGUGUUGAGGAAGGGAAGUCUGGGCUUCUAUAAGGACAAUAAGAGCGCCUCUAACGGAAUCCCCUACCACGGAGAAGUUCCCAUCAGCCUCAGCGAGGCCACCUGUGAGGUCGCCCACGACUACAAGAAGAGGAAGCAUGUCUUCAAACUGAGGCUGGGAGAUGGGAAAGAGUUCCUGUUCCAGGCCAAGGACGAGGCUGAGAUGAGUUCAUGGAUUCGUGCCAUCCACUCCUCCAUGCCAUCGAGCGCCGCUGGUGAGCGCUCUCCGGGCGGUCAGCGCGGUCUGAGCCGGGCGAUGACCAUGCCGCCCAUCUCGCCCAGCUCGGGUGAGGCCGGAGGAGUGACCAUGCGCAAUAAAGAGGGCAAAGAAAAAGACCGCGAGAAGCGCUUCAGCUUCUUCGGCAAGAAGAAAUAAAGAAGCACUGCACCGUACCAUUCGGAAAAGGGAGGAGUGAAGCAUUGGUCACCCAACACUCAAAACACAAACUGAUACUGUCUGAGAAAACAGAGGAGGACAGCGCCCUCUACUGUCACAUCGCUCUACAAUUUUACUUCCACUUUUUAUUUCUUUGCGUCAUCUUCAUCUCUCUGUCUCACUCAGUGCCAUACAGGAGAACAUCCUUCUCUGAGCUCGCCUCCUAGCUCUGUUAACGACUCCAGCCAAUAGGAGGCAGGCAGGUUAGUGUCAGUGACCAGUGAGACCCUUGCUGAUUGGACAGUUUUUCCAAACUGAAAAAAAAGGCAUAGAAAGCGUAUGCUAACUCAUUUUUUCUUUAUUUCAAUAUCAUUUCUGUUUCGACCUUGGGGCUAGCAGGCUUUCCCAUAAUGCAGUGAUUCCAAAGUUUCUAUUAUUUUCCUUCAUUAUCGAUCUACUUCUUUUCUCUCUUUUUAUUUGAAUUUCUUUGUGAAGGACCAGAAUCA